AUGCGAAUUUCUUUAGAAAAUGGAAUAAAAAUGAUUGGAGUUACCAUUUACUUUUACUUCAUCGUUUAUAUUUUUGCGAAUUGUACUCAUACACUUGAUCAAUAUCAAAAUUAUACUGACAACAGGGAAGUUGAUAACAGUACUGAUAAAAGUGUCGACAAUACCAAUCAUAUUGAACAUGAUGACAGUAAUAAUAAUGAUUUAUGGAUAAAAUGGAAACUUUUACAUAAUAAAACAUAUACUACUCAUAAAGAGUAUUAUGAACAUUAUGGGAAUUGGCAAUUGAAUUUAUUAUCUAUUAAAGAACAUAAUAUAAAGCAUAAGAAAGGCUUAGAAUUAUAUGCUACAGGAUUGAAUCAAUUCUCUGAUUUAAACUGGACACGUAUUAAUGAAGUUUAUUUAACAAACUUAAGUAAAUAUUCAUUGAAACCGAAAAAGAAGGAAAUGAUUUUAUUAAAGUAUGCAUUGAAUAAAUCAACUGACAUACCCAGUUCAUGGGAUUGGAGAACAAUGGGUGUUGUUAGUGGGGUUAAAUUACAAGGUGAAUGUGGUGCUUGUUGGGCAUUUUCAGCAGCUGGUGCAUUAGAAGGUCAACUGAAUAAUAAAACUGAUCAUUUUAUUGAGCUGUCUUCUCAACAACUUAUUGAUUGUAGUCAAUCAUUUGGUAAUCAUGGAUGUUUAGGCGGUGAUAUGAAUAAUGCAUUUCGAUAUGUUGAAAGUAAUGGAAUACAAAAAGAAGAAAAUUAUCCUUAUUUGAAUAAGGAGGGUAGAUGUCAACAUACAAAAUCUAAAUCCAUUAUUCAUUCUAAAUUGAUUAUUGAAGUGAAAGCAAAUGAUGAAGAGGAAUUGAAAACUGUUUUAUACGAACAUGGUCCAGUCUCAGCCGGGAUAAAUGUUGAACAACAGUUUAUAAGAUAUAAAACUGGUAUCUAUCAGUCUUCAUCAUGCUCAGCUACAAAUGUUAAUCAUGCAGUUCUUAUUGUUGGUUAUGGUCAUGAAAAUGGUAUAGAUUAUUGGAUUAUUAAAAAUAGCUGGGGAACAACUUGGGGUGAAGAUGGUUAUGUUAGAAUACGUCGUAAUUAUAAUAAUAUGUGUGGUGUAGCAACUAUGGCGAGUAUUCCAAAGUUAUAG